AUGGAUUUUAAGAGAUGGAUUAUAUCGGGAGUUUAUAUGUUGAAUGAUCUUGAAAUUUCAAUUGAUGAUAGGGCUUCUUCUUAUUCUGAUGGUCUUGUUAAUAGCAUUGUUUCUGAUUGUGGCUUAGAAGAUAUUGGCUAUGUUGGUAAGGAUUUCACAUGGACCAAUAACAACAUAGGAACUGGUUCAGAAAAAUCUAGAAUAGAUAUGGCAUUAGGAAAUGGUAACUGGAAUAUUUGUUUCCCCAAUUCUAAACUCAUGCACUUAACCCAAGUAGGCAGUGAUCACAGUCCAAUAAUGUUAGUAACUGACUCAACUGUUCCAAAUUGUUGGAAACCUUUUAAGUUCUUGUUGACUUGGUUGAAUGAUGCAAACUGUGCCACAGUUAUUGCUAAUGCUUGGAAUUCUAGUGUCAAUGGCUCGCCUGCUUUUCAUAUUCCUACAUCUCAAGAAGUCUUUGAUACUCUAAGAAGUGUGGAAAAUUGGAGUGCACCAGGUCCAGAAGGAUUUCAAGCUGGCUUUUUUAAAAGUCAGUAUAACACAGUCGGGAAUGAUGUGUGUUCAAUGGUUACUAGAUUCUUUGAAACUAAACAUAUUUCAAGACAUAUAAACAAGACUUACAUCUCACUCAUACUAAAGAAGAAAAAGUCCAUCUGUGCAGUUGAUUACAAACCUAUAUGUUUGUGUAAUACUUUUUACAAGUUUAUCUCAAAGAUUCUAGUUAAUAGAAUGAAGCCUUUAAUGACUAAAAUUGUGUCACCUUUUCAAGCUGCCUAUGUCUCUGGUGGGAUCAUUCAAGAAAACACAAUUAUAGCUCAAGAAAUAAUUCAUUCUAUGAAAAAGAAAAGAGGACAAACUUCUGCAAUCUGGCAUCUCACUGCUGCUCAUCAUAACAAAAACAUUAAAGGUAUUAAAGUGGUUGCUCUUGCUCCAGCCAUCAAUCAUUUGCUUUUUGCAAAUGACUGCUUGAUUUUCGCUCAAGCUAAUCUAACUUCAGUUUACAAUCUUCUGGAGUUACUUUAUGAUUUCAGCACUCAGUCAGGACAGAUGAUCAAUUUUGAUAGAUCUGCAGUUCAUUUCAGUAAAAAAAGAAAACUUGAAGUUGCAGCAGCUCUCUCAAAUAUUCCUGGAGUCAAGACAAUAAAUUCCAAGGAAAAAUACUUAGGUUCACCUCUUAUUAUUGAGCAUUCUAAACAAGAGUCUUUCAAAAGCAUUACGGAGUGUUUUGAAACAAGGUUAUCUACUUGGUCUUCUAUUAAUCUUUCCAAAGCUGGAAGAGGUACUAUGAUCAAGCAUGUUUUAAAUUCAGUUCCAGUUUAUCAAAUGGGCACUUUCAAGUUACCUAAUAAUCUUAUAAAUCAGCUCACUGCUAUAGAGAGAAGAUUCUUCUGGGGUCAUAAGUCAAAUAGAGGAUCAAAUCCAAUAGCUUGGCACAAUGUAUGCACCUCUAAAGAUAUAGGGGGCUUAGGAUUCAGAGAUUUAGAAAAGUUAAACUUAGCACUUCUUACUAAAUUUUAUGGAGAAGUAGUUGAACUGAUGCUUUCUGAUACAAAUCAGUGGAGCACAUCCCUUCUCGAUCAUUUAUUUGAUGUUGAUACUUCAAGGAAAAUACAAUCUCUCUUUAUUGACAAGUCCAAGAAAGAUGUCAUGAUAUGGAUGCCUGCAAAAGAUGAUAAAUUCUCAGUUGAAAGUGCCUACAAACAAUUAACUAUAUCUAAUAGUGAAGUUCAAGUUAAUGGAGUUGCGGUGUGCAACAAGGUCUGGAAAGCUUUAUGGAAGUUUGGUACAACUCAGGGCAAAAUUAUUUGCUUGGAAAUGCAUUAG